GUUUCUUUCAUUCACAGAAACUUAGCCAAAAAACCCUAGCACUGUAAGCCUACACCACCGCCGCCGCAAGGAGUGGCAUACUGCCGCCGUCCGUCCGUCCGUCUAUCUAGCUUCCCUCGUGCUCCAAGUCUUCAACCCCCGUUCGCUGUCACCGAUCGCAGCUGCUUACUCGAGCUCGGCGUCCGUCGUCUUUGUCUGCUCAGCCGCGCUUCCGCCACCGUUGGUUGCCGUUAACGUUCGCGUCUUUGUUCAGCCGUCGUCUUCGUUCGCGUUCUUCGCCGUUCAAGUUUGCUCGGCGUUCACCGUUCGCGUUCACUCGCCGUUCACCGUUCGGGUUCGCGUUCGUCUGGAAGCCACGUUGCCCUGCUUCAAACUCUGCGACCAACCCGUGCGCUCCACCUAGCCGUCGAACUGCUCUCUUUUGUCGCCGCCAAUCAGGUGUUUAUUAUUUCCGGUUGAACCACGGUUAAACCGGUUGAACCAAUGAACUAGUGAACCAGUAACUAGAGUGGUUCGAUGACCGGUCCAGUUUUCUGAACCUUGACUCUCGCAACAUGUUCUUCAGUUCUCCCUCGAGCCAUUCCCAUUCCUGAUUCCUCACUCCUCAGUCUCUCUCUCAAGUCCUAAUUCCUGAUAUAUCCUCCUCUGCGGUUAACUCCUCCGCUCGGCUUAUUCAAGUUUCAACUCAGACUGAUAUUGGGAGCAUAUUCUGUAUCUAUCUCUAAGGCUGGUGCAUUAAGGCAUUGAGAUACAACAGAGGCCUGUAUUUGAGAGACUAUUUACAUUGUCUUUGGCGCGGGAUGUUUCAUAAUGAAGUGUAGCAAAGGAAAUAUGCUCCUAUGGCUAAUUUUCAGCUAGCUUGUGGUUGCUUAUUAUCAUCUUGUUGAUCUUAUUCAUGGGUUACAUAACUUGAACUACUUAUAUUGCGUGGCUAAGUUUACUUGGUUUGCAUGAACAUCUUGGGACAUACCACGCUCUUGUGAUCUCUAUUGAUGGCGGUCUCUUGCUAUAACCUAAUAUGCAACUGUUACAACCCAUUUUACUCCACUACCAAUGAUGUUACCAAAUUAUGUCGUGCUAGGACUAGAGCAAACUCAUUAUAUCGAAAACCCAGUUAUUAUGAUUUCCGUAAACACCGUUUUGGUGCAGUAUUAGUUGCUAUUGGUAUGGAAGAAACUGUAAAAGAAGAGGUGAAAGAAGAAAAUCACAGAAAGUUUAGGUGGAAUGAGAUAUGCCAUCAGAAUAUGACAAAUCAACAAAAACAGGCCAUAUCUAACCUUCCUUUCAGGAUGGCUAAACGAUGUAAAGCGCUGAUGAGACAGAUCAUAUGUUUUUCUGCCGAAAAGGGGAACAUAUAUGAGCUGUUGGGGGCUUGGGUGAAGAUCAUGAAGCCUUGCAGAGCAGACUGGCUUGCAGUUAUCAAAGAAUUGAAAACUCUGGAACAUCCUCUGUACCUUGAGGUGGCGGAAUAUGCUCUUCUAGAAGAAUCCUUUGAAGCCAACCUUCGUGACUACACAAAGAUAAUCCAUGGCUAUGGCAAGGAUAAUCGACUUGAAGAUGCUGAAAAUGUUCUCACAAUAAUCAAGGAAAGAGACUUCAUCUGUGACCAAGUGAUCUUGACUGCGAUGCUUGACAUGUACAGCAAGGCUGGACAUCUUGACAAGUCUAAAGAAUAUUUUGAGGAGAUCAAAUUGCUCGGGGAACCUGUGGAUAAAAGAUCAUAUGGCUCGAUGAUCAUGGCAUAUAUCAGAGCUGGAAUGCCUGAACAGGGAGAGAUAUUACUUCAAGAAAUGGAUGCUCAGGAAAUAACUGCAGGCAGCGAGAUUUACAAAGCAUUGCUUAGAGCCUACUCUAUGGCUGGCAAGGCUGAAGGAGCACAGAGGAUAUUUGAUGCAAUUCAGCUGGCUGCUAUCCCUCCUGAUGAUAAGGUGUGUGGUCUAGUUAUUAAUGCCUAUGGUAUGGCCCGGCAAAGUCAAAAGGCUCGCAUUGCAUUUGAAAAUAUGAGAAGAGCAGGUAUUGGUCCUACUGAUAAAUGCAUAGCUUUGGUGUUGGUUGCAUAUGAGAAGGAAAACAAGUUAAAUGAAUCAUUAGAAUUUUUAAUAGAAUUGGAGAGAGAUGGCAUUUUGGUUGGAGAAGAAGCUUCUGUAGUAAUGGCUCGGUGGUUCCGAAAACUGGGGGUGGUAGAAGAGGUUGAACUUAUUUUAAGAGACUUUGCCAUAAGCUAGCAUUGUAAGCAGAGCCCUUUUAACUCAGUGGUAGAGUAACGCCAUGGUAAGGCGUAAGUCAUCGGAAGUUACUGCAUCAUAAUUAUUAGAAGCUAUAGUGAACUGUCUUUUCAAAAAGGCUAAGUUAUUAGGUAGAGGCAUACAAACUGCAAUUUCACUUGUAAUAUAUUUGUUAUGUUUCAAACAACAGUUGAUCAAUCACAAGCUGCAGCCUUUCAGGGAGACCUUCAGCUUUUUCUUUGUAUGUAACAUUUUCUAGCCCAAGACAAAAAACACUAUUGUUUAUGAUCUUUCAAGAGCAAUCUAUUGAAAAUAAAAUGAUAGAGCACAAAGUCUUACUUA